AUGAUAAUUUUAACAACAACUAUAUUUUAUAUCUUAAAUUAUAAAUGUCCGACCAGUUUAUCUCAAAGCGUUAGAAGAGAUCGUAGGACGAUAAAAGUAUCUAAUAUUCCAACAAAUUUGUCAAUCGAUCAAAUAACUAAUUUAUUUUCGGACGGCAGAUUCGAGAACAUUCAUAUUCCUGUUGACAAUCUUGAUAAUCAAAUUGGAGUUACAUAUAUCACAUUUGAUACAAUUCCACAUUGUCAACAGUUCAUUUCAAAUAUCAUUGGAACAAAUAAAUAUUGGUUUAUUAAUAACGAUACAUACAAUGGUCCUGUAUUAGUUGAACAAUAUGAUUUACGAGAAUAUAUUGAUAUUAAUGAUCGUAUUCAAUCAAGAAUUAAGAACAUGAAUGAUCCCGAUGAUAAUAUUGCUACGAAAAUUGGACAACUGUACAUCAACAUGAAUAAAAAAAUGGAAAAAGAAAUUAAUGAUGGACUCGAUGAAAUCAAGCAACAAGAAGAACAAGAAGAAAUUCAAAAACUUAAAGAACUUGAAAGAUUAAAAAACGAAGCAAUAGAUGAAUUAAAAGCUAUUGGACAAUAA